UGGCCAUUAAAAGUUGGCAAGGGUCAUGAUCACAUGCUUUGACAGGAAAGGAUGAGAUGAGUUAACACACUUCAAAGAAUUCUUUUUAUUUUAUCCCUGGGAAGAUAAACAUAUACCGUGUACGUGUACUUGUAGGUACAUUUUACAAUGCAACCAGUAAUGGAUUUUGUACAAGAAGGAAAACUUGGUUGUGCACUUUUCACUGAGCUCGUUUCUGUUAUGAGAGCAAGAGACUGAGAAGCACCUGUGAAUUGUCAGAAUGCUCAUGCUCUUAUGUUGAGAUCCACAGCAAAUGGCAAUUUUCUUUUACAUUGUCAACUGACACGUCGGGAUCUAUUGAUCGGGAAAUCUCAUACUGUGGACACCCCUGACCUAACUUCAAGUCUCAGGACGGAAAAUUUAUCUUGACAAAAGAAAGCUGAGGCAAAAUGGGAAAGAAAAACAAAAAGGAGACCGAGGCACCACCCAAAGAUAUUUUUGACCCUCUGUCGGUUGAGAGCAAGAAGGCAGCUACUGUGGUUUUGAUGCUGGACAGCACAGAGGAUGACAUCCUCAUCAAAUCCUGCGAGGCCCUCUACAAAUUUGCAGAGAAGUGUGAAGAGAAUAAGGCUCUUCUGAUGGAGAUGGGUGCCGUUCCAUCCCUCCUGAAGCUCAUUACCUCGGAGGAGAAGACUGUCCGCCGUAACGCUACCAUGACACUGGGAGUCAUGUCAGCCCACCCUGAAGUUCGGCGAGUGCUACGAAAGGGCGACUGCAUUGGAAACGUUAUCAAAUUACUGUCCUCGGAAGAGGAGACGCUCGUUCAUGAGUUUGCUAGUCUGUGCCUGGCCAGCAUGGCACAGGAGUUCACCAGCAAAGUGCAGAUCCUUGAGCAGGAUGGUUUGGAGCCACUCAUCAUGCUCCUGGCAGACAGCGAUCCUGAUGUCCAGAAGAACUCGGUGGAGGCCAUCUUCCUGUUGCUGCAAGACUACCAAACCAGGACGGCCAUCAGGGAGCUGCAUGGCCUGGAAUCCCUGCUGGAGCUGCUCAAGUCAGAGUACCCCUCCAUCCAGGAGAUGGCCCUGCGCUGCCUUGCACUCUGCACCCUGGACGUGGAGAACAGGGAAGCCUUGAGGGAGGUGGAGGGGCUGGAGAGACUGGUGGAGUUUGUCAGCACCAAGGAGUGGGAAGAUCUCCAUGUCCACGCCCUCCUGGUUCUCUCCAACUGCUUGGAAGACCUGGAGACCAUGGAACUCAUACAGAACACGGGCGGCCUGCAGAAACUCCUAGCGUUCACCACCGAGUCCCCGACGCCUGAUGUCCAGAUGCACGCUGCCAAGGCCAUCGCCAGGGCUGCCAGAAAUGGUGAAAACUGCAAGAUCUUCCAUGAGCAAGAAGCGGAGAAGACCUUGAUCUCCUUGCUGGAGACGUCGGACAACUCCCAGGUCAUGGGGGCAGCAGCCCAGGCGCUGGGCAUCAUGGCACAGAGCCCCAUCUGCCGUGUCACCAUCGCCGAGUAUGAUGGCAUCGCGCCCCUCAUCAAGCUCCUGAACAACCACAACGGCGAGGCGGUGGAGAGCGCCAGCCUGGCCCUGGCCAACCUGACUGUGGCCCAGAUGGCCAACUGCGUGGAGGUGGCCGACCACAACGGCGUGGAGCCACUGAUCGGCCUGCUGGGUAGCAGCUCACGCGAGGGUGCCCAGGCUAAUGCGGCCAUGGUGCUGACCAACAUGGCCACGGACGAGAUCCUGCGGGAGGACAUCCAGAGGAGGGGUGUGGUCGGAGCUCUUGUCCCACCCCUUUUGUCAACCAACACAACAGUUCAAAGCAAAGCGGCAUUGGCUCUGGCAGCAUUUGUUUGUGAUGCCGAUUCCAGAAAUCAGCUACGCGGCCUGGGUGGCUUGUCUCCUCUACUGAAGCUCCUGCAGUCGGGCAAUGACGACGUCCGCCGCAGUGCAUCGUGGGCCAUUGUGGUGUGUGCCACCGAUCCACUCAUUGCAACAGAGCUUUGCAAACUGGGCGGGCUUGACAUCCUUAAGGAGAUCCAGUUGUCCAGCACCAGGCAGAACAGUUUCAGCGAUGCCGCCCUGGAGAAACUGCUGGACAGCACCUUGCCUGCCAAGUACGCCCUCAUGGGUGUACUGGGGCCCAAUGACAUCAUCCAGGAUGGCUUCUAUGACGCAGGCCGGGUGCGUCCUGACGGCAAGUUCCUCACUCUGGAAGAGUUGAGCAAGCAGGAGGUGGAUCAGAAACGGCCCGUCCUUCUCAUUAACUGUGGAUCAACUAAUGCGAGCCCCCCAAGGUCCCCAGCACCAGCUACAAACUCCUCAGAACUCGACGUGAAGACGGACACGUCCAGAACAAACAUUGGCAGCAAGUCAUCCAAGUCAGCAAUUAGAGGGGGCAAACGGGAAACCAAAAAGGAGAAAGAGGAGCGAGAGUUGAGGGAACGCCUGGAAGCUGAGCGUCUGGCCGAGCAAGAGGCCAUCCUGGCCCAGCAACCUCCCAACUUCGAACCCCCAGCCGACCCCAAGCUGGAGGAGUAUAUCACCGAGAUGCUGGUGAAUGCAGCGGGCCUGCCAACCACCAGGGAACAGCUGGAUGUGGUGGCAAGAUUUGUGAGCGACAAGAUGGGUGGUCCCAUCGAGCGAGGUCAGCUCUCCAGCUUCAGCUAUGAGCUGUCGCUCAGCCAGCUCAAAUACGAGCUGAAGAGCAACGUGUUGCCCAUCGGCCGGAUCGAGAAGGGUAUCCACUACCACAGAGCCCUGCUGUUCAAGACCCUGUGUGAUCGCAUCGGCGUAGCCUGCUCUCUGGUUCGAGGGGAUUACAACAGGGCCUGGAAUGAGGUCCUGCUGAUAGACGAGGACGAUAAUCCUGUCAAGCCCAAGUUUCCUCCCAAGUCUUACAUCGUAGACCUGAUUCACCAUCCAGGCCGACUCAUGCGGACAGACAGCAUCGACGCUGCCAACUACCAAAAGAUAUAGUAACAUUUGCCUCAUCACUUCUAUGCAUUCCGAGUUUCAAUCUGGAGGGUCACUAGCAGGGGAAUUUUGGGAAGGUGUAGAUGUAAAUAGGAAAGUAUUGUGGAUUUUGUGAGAAAUGGGAAGACCAGUAAUGUACAGGGUGGCCCUGGGUUCAGAUUUGAAAAUAAUGGUACAUGGUCAUCUGUGUAUAAAGUCAAAUAAGCACGAUGACUUUUCUACAAUGUAGGUGGGUCUUUCACUUGCGCCGUAUUUUUCAUCUCUCGUUAUUGUAAACAAUUUUUGUACGUAUUCUAUAGAAAGAACCAGUUGUGUUAUGCAUGUCUCGCAUUUCGGAGAGCUUCUUUUGUUUGAUAGCUAAAGAGUUUGUUUUGAUUGCUGGGAUUUGAGAGGAAUACAGAAAUCAUGGCAGCACCUCUGCAAUCGAAGAAUAGAAGGUCAUGCAAUCUUGGAUAUCCAAGUCUCUUUAUUGAUAAGGUUACGUUUAAUAACAAAAUCACUAGUUAAAGUUACGCCAAUUGCACAUUGAAAUCGUUACCUUUUUUUAACUUCAAGAACAGACACAUAGUUCCUGUCACCACAACCUACUGGUAUUUGGCAAUUUCCAACCCCAAAACCCAACCGGUGAGGUUCUUCCAAAUGCCUUGUCAAUAAAAAUGGCUCUGAAAAGCCCCCUUGAGCUAGAGGCUUACCCACCAUCUACAUCUACCACGUGAAGAAGUGAUCAUUUUGUUCACCUUUUCCUUAAACAGUACAUUAGCACAAAGGUCAAGAUUUUCAUAGAUUUUGAAAUGUCCAACGUUUGUUACCAAGACCCAUCCACAAAUGCUGGUGAUGGCACUGGCAUUGGGAAACCACAUUAAAUUUCCUGGCAGAUUUUAAUCAAAGAUGUUUUUUUGUAAUGGUCAGUUUAAUACGUGUAGUUUCAGAACUGAAAACUCGCCAUCUUUGUCACGAAGUUAAUCAUUCUAAAUGUUGAUAGUUGCUGUAAUGCAUGUAAAUAAGUGAAAAUGCUUGUUCCGUCCAGAAAUGUUUAUGUACAUUUUUUUGUUUGGCUCUUUUGAGGCAAUAACUAUUUUUCUAUAUCUGAUCACCAGGUGUAUUGAUUUCAAAUGCUGUACUGUGGUUAUGUUUUCUUGCAGAACAUUAAAUCAAGUUGAAAU